AUGGAACUCAAAAAAGGGAUACUGCUAUUGCUUUUGUUGCUGGAGUAUGUUUGUUGCAAUGUUGAAGCAAAGUGUGUGAAGGGAUGUGACGUAGCUUUAGCUUCCUACUAUGUGAGUCCAGGUUUUCUAGUCUUGGAUAAUAUAACACGCUUGAUGGAAUCAAGUGUUCUGUCCAAUGACGUUAUAAUCAGCUACAAUAAAGACAACAUUGUCAAUCGAACUCUGCUCUCCUUAAUGAGAAUCAAUAUUCCAUUUCCCUGUGACUGUAUCCGUGGUGAGUUUCUGGGGCAUGUGUUUCAGUACUCGGCUGCUGCAGGUGACACUUAUGAUUCGAUUGCCAAAGUGAAAUAUGCCAAUCUCACCACUAUUGAGCUUUUGCGGAGCUUCAACAGUUAUGGCCAAAAUGAUAUACCCGCAAAUGCCAUGGUUAAUGUCACGGUCAAUUGUUCUUGCGGGAACAGCCAGGUUUCAAAAGAUUAUGGAUUGUUUAUUACCUAUCCACUCAGGCCUGGCAAUAGUUUGCAUGUUAUUGCCGACAAGGCUCAUCUUGAUGCACAGUUGCUGCAGAGUUAUAAUCCUGGAGUCAAUUUCAGCAAAGAGAGUGGCAUUGUCUUCAUUCCAGGAAGAGGUCUAGCUAGGGGUGCUGUUGCUGGAAUAUCCAUAGCAGGAAUAAGCGGUCUUCUAUUAUUAGUAAUUUGCAUAUAUGUUAAAGUCUUCCAAAAGAAGGAAGGAGAGAAACCUAAAUUACCAACAGAAAAGUCUUUGGCGUUUUCAACUCAAGAUGCCUCUGGAAGUACAGAAUAUGAAACUUCGGGAUCCAGUGGGACUGCUACUGCUAGUGCUACUGGCCUUACAGGCAUUAUGGUGGCGAAAUCAAUGGAGUUCACAUAUCAAGAACUAGCAAAGGCUACAAAUAACUUUAGCUCGGAGAAUAAAAUUGGUCAAGGUGGAUUUGGAGCUGUCUUUUAUGCAGAAUUGAGAGGCGAGAAAACUGCAAUUAAAAAGAUGGACGUGCAAGCAUCCACCGAAUUUCUUUGUGAGUUGAAGGUCUUAACUCACGUUCAUCAUUUGAAUCUGGUGCGUUUGAUUGGAUAUUGCGUUGAAGGAUCUCUUUUCCUUGUAUAUGAAUAUAUUGACAACGGAAACUUAGCCCAGUAUUUGCAUGGUACAGGGAAAGAUCCUUUUCCAUGGUCUAGCCGAGUGCAAAUUGCGCUAGAUUCAGCCAGAGGCCUUGAAUAUAUUCAUGAGCACACUGUGCCAGUGUAUAUCCAUCGUGAUGUAAAAUCUGCAAAUAUAUUAAUAGACAAACACUUACGUGGAAAGGUAGCAGAUUUUGGCUUGACUAAACUUUUUGAGGUUGGAGGCUCAACACUUCACACUCGACUUGUGGGAACAUUUGGAUACAUGCCACCAGAAUAUGCUCAAUAUGGUGACGUUUCUCCAAAAGUAGAUGUAUACGCUUUUGGUGUGGUUCUUUAUGAACUUAUUUCUGCAAAGAAUGCUGUCCUAAAGACAGGUGAAUCUGUUGCUGAAUCCAAGGGCCUUGUAGCUUUGUUUGAAGAAGCACUUAAUCAGAGUAAUCCUUCCGAAGGUAUUCGCAAACUAGUGGAUCCUAGGCUUGGAGAAAACUAUCCAAUUGAUUCAGUUCUGAAGAUUGCUCAACUUGCUCGAGCUUGUACAAGAGAUAAUCCACUACUACGCCCAAGUAUGAGGUCCAUAGUUGUUGCUCUUAUGACACUUUCAUCACCUACCGAGGAUUUCUACGAUGCUUCCUACGAAAAUCAAACUCUCAUAAAUCUCCUAAAAGCCUCAUCCAUCGUCUCCAAAACAAAACGCAGAAGAAGGCUAUGGCUGAGCGAGGAGGACCAGGGCGACGACGAGAUCAUCCGCUCCGCCACAGAGCUCCACGACGCCAGUAUCCGCUUCAGUAAAUGCCGCACCAAACAGGAAACGACGCACCAAACAGGAAACGACGUCACCUCCUACGUAUUCACGAACACACCACAUCGGAGAGAGAUGGAUUUCGAACUGAGAAGGGCGAGAGAAAAGUUAGAGAAAGAGCAGAGGGAGAGGAAGGAAAGAGCGAGAUUGAAAGUGCAGAAGGAAAGAAAGGCCAAAGAAGAGGCUCAGAGACAAAAGGAAGCCCUCGAAGCUGUCCAAAGAUCUCGUCGUAUUGAUGCGGUCGAAGCGCAACUCAAGGCCGACCAACAGAUGCAAGAAACGCUACUUGCUGGCAGAGGAAUAGUGUUUUAUCGACUACUAGAGGCUGUACCUUAUCAAGGUGGUGGAGAUAAGAUCAAGCUUCCUCCUUCUUGCUUCACAGAACUGUCUGAUCAGGGUGCUUUUGAUAAGGGACCCAUAUACUUUCAAUUGUCAUUAGUUCACAAGGAAAGCUCUUCAAGCUUUCAAGAUACUAAUAAAGAUAACCAGGGGACCACCCAUUCAGGAGUUUUGGAAUUCACUGCUGAUGAAGGUCAAGUAGGACUUCCUCCUCAUGUUAGGAAUAAUUUAUUUUCUGAAGGCGCUUCAGAAUCUCCAUUAGUUGAAGUCCGCUAUGUUUGGCUUCCAAAAGGGACAUACGCAAAACUUCAACCUGAAAGAGUAGGAUUUUCUGACUUGCCAAAUCAUAAGGCUAUCCUUGAAACUUCUCUUCGGCAGCAUGCUACCCUUUCUCAAGGUGACAUUUUAACUGUAAACUAUGGAGAACUUGCAUAUAAAUUAAGGGUACUUGAGUUGAAACCUUCUUCAAGUGUAUCUGUUUUAGAAACAGACAUUGAAGUGGACAUUGUUGAUCCUGAUACCUCUUCCGAAAAGGCAGAUGAGCAUGUUUUAAUACCACUUGCAUUUGGAAUGUCACAAAGUGGAACAGUAGAAGAAGGAAAAUUUGUGUAUUACAAAUUUUCUAUAGACAAUAACGUCAUAUGGGAGAAACUAUCUUCUGGGAAUUCUUGUAUCGAGGUAAAAUUAGAGUCGGAGACUGGUGGGGGGGACACUGAUCUUUUCAUCUCUAAACAUCCUCUCAUAUUUCCGACACGACACCAGCAUGAGUGGUCUUCUCAUGAUAUUGGCGCAAAGAGUUUGAUUCUUAGUUCUAAAGAUAAAAGCUUGGGUACGGGGACCUACAGCAUUGGUAUUUAUGGCUUCAAGGGAUUGACUAAGUAUAAAAUAUCAGCAGUGGUCCGGGAUAACUUCAACCAAAAAGUUGGUCAGCAAGCAUCAUCUUCUGUGUCAUCCGUGGAAAUGGAUACCGAACAAUGUACGAACUGCAAGCAUUAUAUACCCACUAGGACUAUUGCACUGCAUGAAGCCUACUGUAGAAGGCACAUUGUGGUCUGUCAGCAUGCAGGCUGUGGAGUUGUUCUUAGAAUUGAAGAGUUCAAGAACCACAUUCAUUGUGACAGGUGUGGUCAGGCAUUCCAGCAGGUAGAAUUAGAAAAACACAUGAAAGUUUUUCAUGAGCCACUUCACUGCCCUUGUGGAAUAGUCCUCGAGAAAGAGCAAAUGGUGGAGCAUCAAGCUUCAGUUUGCCCUGUGCGUCUUAUUACAUGCCAGUUUUGUGGUGAUAUGGUUCAAGCUGGGAACUCUGCCAUUGAUGUCCGUGACAGAUUAAGAGGUUUGUCAGAGCAUGAGAGUAUAUGUGGUUCCAGGACUGCCCCCUGUGACUCUUGUGGGCGUGCGGUAAUGUUGAAGGACAUGGACAUUCACCAUAUUGCUGUUCAUCAAAAUGGCUAA